UUUGACUUUUGUGUCUGUGCCUCUCUCACAGAGAAGAUUUUCCAAGGUCACAGCUCGUCUCCUAUUUCUAGGGUUUUAAUUCUUCGUCGACCCCAAAAUUUCUUCAUCGACCCAUUUUCGCUUGCUUUCACCUAAUUCAAUCAAUCGCCGAUCAAUUUCAAACCCCAUUUCCAUAUCGCAUAGCUUGGAGAUUUCCUCUGUUUUCGAUAGCUUCACCUCUGGAUUUAGUUUCUUAAAAUUUUAUUUUUUCGCGCAUUUAAUGCUCCUCAUCGUCAUUGCUUUAAAUUCUAUAGUAUUCCUAUGCCCGAGGCGAUCGGCCGAACCUCAUUUUCGUUUUAGCUUGUUUAGUAGCAAUUGAGAUCGAAAAUUUCAGUGCUUCCCAUCCAACAGCGCCCUGCGAAUCGGCAAGCUGUCAUUUUCACCACCCAAAUGCCAUGGCGGCACCGCAGAAUGUGGUGGUGGAAACCGGUAGCCGGCUGUUGGACAGGGAUGAGGAGAAGAACGAUGAGUCGCCGUCGGGGAAGAAGCUGAAGGCGGAGAAGUUCCCGCUCUCUCGGUGGGAAUUUGCGGCGACUCUCGGGGUGCAUUUGGUAUUCUCCACCGGUUUGUUGUGCAUUUAACUCACUAUGCCCGCCGCCGAGUAUGAGAUGUUGAAGCUGCCUCGUAACCUCGCGGAUCUUCGAUUGCUCAAAGGUCUUUUCUUUGUUGUCUUCAAUGCAACUGCUGGGGCAUCUUGCUGCUAUUUUCUGUCCAAACUCAUUGGCAUACCUAUUGUCAACUGGUUGUGGCCUGAAAAACACAGAUUUUUCCAGGCUGAGGCUGGGCUUGCACUUGGAGAACUGAAGUUGGUGAAAGAUCUAUACGAUUUGAAGACAUUGGUGGUACUGUUCCUCAUCGGGUCGAUUUUAUUGUUGCCGACCCUUUUGAAGAGGAAGCGGAUAUAUGAUUAAAGCUUGUCCUUUUACGAUUCCUCCCGUCUUUCUUUUGAAGAAAGGGGAGUGAUUACCUGUAACAUCAUUUGCUUUUGUAACCGGAAAUUUCAGCAUUACACAUCGUAUCCGUACAUUAUCAUCUACUGUUUAUCUUACAGUCCUAGUUUCAGGUGAUCUAACGCUUGAAGUAUUGAAUUUGAACUGAUAUACAUUGUAAUUCAUUCACAGGGAAUGAAAUCUGGAAUCUGUACUUCUCUGAAUAUCAGAAAUUAUAAACUUAAUUAAUACACAGGCAGGUUGAGAUAUAUCUUGUG